GCAAAACAAAAAGAAUUUCAAUGGCCAAUUUUCCAUUAAUAGAUCAUCGAGAAGCUGGAGAAUACAAACCAGUGAGCCAGUGGAAUCUUGUGAUUUAACCAUCACCCUCGCACGUGACUUUCACGUGCUUAGGAAACAUAUCACUUUUCUAGAGUGAUAGGAGAAUCGGAAUCCUGUUCCACCCUAUGAUCACCUGCAGUGAACUCUCUAGACUCCAAAAUAUUUUUCUCUGAUUGUACGGUCAGUAAAUCGGAGAAAGUUAGGGUUUUGGGGAUGGGGAGAAAGAAGGUGGAGAUGAAGCGAAUCGAGGACAAGCACAGCCGCCAGGUGACAUUUUCAAAGAGGAGGAAAGGUCUCAUGAAGAAGGCCUCUGAGCUUUCGAUUCUCUGCGACGUCGAAGUCGCUCUUAUUGUUUUCUCCGGCAAUGGCAAGCUCUACAACUUCCCCAGCUCCGGAAGUUUAGGAAAAACACUUGAACGCUACUGGACAUAUAAGGCCAGUCAAGAAGCUGCUGUCAAGAAGGCUAAGAAACCAAAGAAACACCAUAUUGAAUGUAAUGGACCCUGGAGAUCAGCUGGUGAACUGCUAAAAGUGAUGAGUAACCUCAAAGUUGAACAGCUAACCACACAGGAGCUCAUUCAUCUUGAAAGAGAUCUGCAUGUCAUAUUAGGACAAACAAGAGAAAGAAAG